AUGCGUAAAUGUUAUUCCUUCAAAACGGGUGAUAUCCGGAAUUCAGAAUCUUGAGUACGUUGUAGCGUUGUUUUUUAAGUCAUCUGUGUACAGUACUACAUGGCAUCAUCACAUACAGACACAAUGGUUUAACAGAAUAAUCAUUUAACAGACAGCAUGACAACUCCAUCAAUAGCCGAGUUUUUCCGGGGCCGCAGUAUAUUCAUUACUGGAGUAACUGGGUUUCUAGGCAAGGUCCUUCUAGAGAAGCUGCUCAGAUCCUGCCAUGAUCUCAACAAAUGUUAUGUGCUUAUUCGUCCAAAGAAAGGUCGGUCUGGUACAGAGAGAUUGGAAGAGCUUCUACAGUCAAAGUUGUUUGAAAGAGUGAAAACUGAGUACCCGGACUUCGCAUCAAAAAUUGUGCCCAUAGCGGGUGACAUCAUGGAGCCUCAUUUUGGAAUUAGCGAAUCUGAUGAGCAAAUGUUGUGCAAUGAGGUGUCCGUAGUGUUUCACUCAGCCGCCACUGUCAGAUUUGACGAAGAACUCAAGUUGUCAGUGCUAAUGAAUGUUCUUGGUGUCCAACGGUUGAUUGAAUUGUGUCACAAGAUGCGUCAUAUAGAGGCUAUCGUACAUGUGUCUACAGCAUAUUCAAAUUGUCAUAAAAAGAUGAUUUCAGAGAUUGUGUAUGACCCACCAAUACAUCCUCAAAGACUCAUUGACGCAGUUGGGUGGCUGGACAGUGAUGCCCUGAAUGCGCUGACCACCAAGCUGGUUGGUAAACACCCCAACACAUACACGUACACCAAGGCCCUGGGGGAGUACCUGCUGGUGGAGGAGAAGGGAGACCUCCCCAUUUCUAUAGUCAGGCCAUCUAUUGUAGGAGCUUCACUAUCAGAACCAUUCGCUGGUUGGGUUGACAAUUUCAAUGGACCAACUGGGAUUUUGGCUGCAAUAGGCAAGGGUUUGCUGAGGAUAAUGUGUGGAAACAUCCGUGCCAUAGCAGACAUUGUUCCGGUAGAUAUCUCAGUCAAACUGAUGAUUGCCGUUGCUUGGGACACAGCAGUUAACAAAUCAAAACAAACUAUGGUCUACAACAACACCACUGGUCAAAUCAAUAAAUUUACCUGGGGAGAACUUGAAAAAAUGUCUUUCGAGUAUUUCAUGAAGAACCCGGUAGCAGUUGUGGCAAGAGCGCCGAAUCCCAAGCUGACAAAAUCUGUAAUCUGGAAAGAUCUGAAUGUGUUGUUUGAUCAUAUGCUACCAGCGUACAUUAUGGACUGCUACAUGUGGAUUGUUGGUAAAAAACCCAUAUUUGUGAAGAUUCAAGAUCGUAUGUGGAAAACUAUUGGAAGUUUUGAGUUCUUCACCUCUCAUGAAUGGCACUUUAACAAUGAUAAUAUCUUCAGAUUGCAAAAGAAAUUGUCAGAAGCUGACAAAAAGACUUUUAAUUUCGAUGUGUCUGUGAUCAACUGGGGUACGUACAUGGAAGACUACUGCCUGGGAACGAAGCAGUACGUGUUGAAAGAGGAGAUUGGCUCUCUACCUAAAGCAAGAAGAACUUUGAAAAUGUUGCGGAGGUUACACUGGUUAUUUAACACGCUGAUGGUUGUGGCUGUGUGGCGCCUGAUGCUGAACCGUGUCCGGGUGGCCAAGUCUCUGUGGAACUUGCUCAUGAGGUGGAUUCAGUGGCUCUUUCAGAAAAUCCCCAUGGUGGCCCGGUCAAACUGAGUCCCGGCCGCAGACAGUGAUUCUUGGAGGCUACAGCUACUAUCACCAUGGACAGCUUAUUUUUCUGUGCUAGCAGAUUAAUAGUUUCUGGUAUGAGUUCUUUUGUAAAUGUUUUUUUUGACACGAGUAAGCACCAAGGAUUGUUGAUUUUCGUGAGACAAGUGUCGCAAAACCAUCUACGAAAGGACGAGUGCCAAAAAUAUUUUCUAGAUUCGUAUAAUUAUUACAAAAUUCACAGCAUUUUAUUGUUGUACUGUGACCCUGCUCACAGCUGAUAUUAUGUUACAUUGCCAGAAGAAACCAUGCAGUGUAACAUAUUACGUGACAUCACUUUUUACCCUUGAUUAUGGAAUGAAGUCAUGAACAGGUAGAAAUGGCCAUCUGCCUCCUAAACGACAAGACCAAUUAACCAAUGAAAAGGGCGCAUUACCAUCUAGGGUGUGUGUGCUAGACAGUUUUUCUGGCACAGCUUUCUAGCACCCUUCUACUGGCUGACUGAACUAGAAAUGCAUGUAGCAGUCCACUUUCUCAAACAGCGUCUUACUUACAAAUAUAAUGAACACCCUGAUGUUAUGUAUGUUUUAUAAUGUUUUUGUUUUGUAGUUAAUUGUAGUUAAAGUUAUUAGAAUUUAAUUAAGAAAUCUUAAUUUGAUAUUUUAAAUGUUGAAUUAUUAUUGUUGCACAAUCAUUGUCGGUUUUCCCCAAGAGAAAAUCUUCAUCCAUAGACAUUUCACCACAUCAAAGAUGGUCCAAGUCACACACAUUAAAAAUAGUUUUUCUUGUGACACUAUAUAUAUAUAUAUAUAUAGUAUAUAGUAAAACCUGCUGAAGUAGCCACCUCCAUCAAGCAACAAAGUCCCUAAAAGUAUUGAGGUAGAUGUUACAUGCAAGGCAGUAUAUAAAACAUUACCUUUGAUGUAGCGGUCAUGGAGCACAGUUUGAGCCUCGAGGGUCCAUGCUAUAACUUAGGACACCUCAAGCAAGUACUCUAUUAAAGGAACUGUAUCAGUUAUAAAAUUUCUUCAUUUUGUAAUUAGUUACUCUAUUUCAUGGUUUGUAAAUUUUGUGGAAAAUAUUUUAAAACUACUGUUGGCCAUUAUUAUUAUGAUUAAUAUCGAUUUAAAUGUCCAGGGGCCCGUUCCAUGAAGCGAUCUUAGUGCUAAGAUCAUCUUAAGUACACUAGGUAACUAUGCACUUAGGUGAUUGUAGUGCUGCUAAGAUCACUUCGUGGAAUGGGACCCAGAACCAAACUCCUAUACAUUCAGUUGCGUUAUCUACAAAAAGAGCACUGUACUGCAGUCAACUUUAGUAGUUUUGAAUUCUUAUUCAAUCUACGUAUAACACAAAAAUUUGGCUAUCAAAUACAUUUGCAUCAUUAAUGUAAGCAAUUAUGGAAAUUUCCCAGUAACCUAUUUAAAACACUUCCUUUCACCGUUUACUGGGAAGUGUUUAACGGGCUACACUGUAGUAAUAUUUGCACAAAAUACAAGUAUAAUAACUUGGAGAGACUAUGAAACAUUGUUGACAUCUCAUUGACUGAGAAUUAACUAAGUCUAUCCGCAAUAUCAAAUACAUUGCAGAUAGACCUAGGUAAUUAUCGGUCGACGAUAUGUCUGUAUAGACUGGGUCUAUACCAAUACGCACAACUAUAGUGAUAGAUUUAUAUUGGAAUCACAGGGUGCACUCAUAAUUACCACGGAUGACACUCGCAAAACUAGUGAUUGACAUUUGACAGUUUUCCACAAGAAAACCCCCCCCAAGUUAUUUAAAACUUUGAGGCAUAUUAUUAAUGAAGUUUCCUUAUGAAUGUAGCAUAGAAAUGUAACUGAAUGUGAUAUUUUAAUACAUUUUUCAUGAGAGAAUGAUUUGAUGUUUAACAGCACAAAAAUUGAGUAUUAAACAGUCAACUAAAUGGAAAAAUGGAUUGUUGUCAAAAUUUGUCAGUGGGAUUAUAGGGCAUUAAUUUGUCCAUCGUAAUUUCUAUUUUAGUUACCAUAUUAUGAAUAUUAAAAUAAUUUGUGUUGGCACUUGUACAUUAUACUAUUAUAUUGAAAAUUGGUGUUUCAGUGUCCAAUAGUGACAAGACCAUUAAAUUAAUAUGGCAUUCAGUGUUUUUUGCCAUAAUGUUCCUAUUUUAGAGUUUUUAAUCUAAUAAUAUACAUGCUAUAUAAAAAAAAAAUUCAUUCCCAGUUUUGACAAAUACAACUUCACCAUCAGUUUCAUAGCAAUGAAAUGUUUAACAUUUGUAAUUUCAUAAUUUGAGCUAAUUUUCUAAUCCACUUCAUACUGUAGCCUUGUGCCAUUCUUGUUGUCACUAGAAUUAUGUCUUACAUUGUUGUAUUUCAUAUUCUGAAGAUUUAGAAAAAAGCAAGGGCUUGUGUUUGAAAUUCGAUGUAUCUCACAAGAUUUUACAAACUAAAAAUUGAAGGAGGCAGAGAAUUACUGCCGCUUACUAUUUGGUAAACUUUUAUUACCGGUACCUUGCUGAACUCACUGUUAAAUAAGUGUACAUACAUUUUUGCAUGUUGCAAUUGUAAAUGUUUGAAUGCACCCAAGGAUGUUGUAUUUAGAACCAAUAGAUAAUCUUUGUAACCAUAUUCAUUAGAAGCUGCAUGAUGCAGUUUAGAAAAUAUUUCGUUUAUUAUACAGUUUGAACGUACAGUAAAAAAUAAAUUAUUUAUACAAUC